CGCGGUUGCUUAAUACCUCAAAUUUAUACUACUGUGGAUCUGCUGGAGCGUUAGGGUGAGGUUAGGAACUCAAAUGCUGGACACAGAGGUUGACAAGGUCAACACAACAACAAAAAUAUUGAUUGGGAUUCUCAGAAGGAGAUAAUACACAUUGAAAUGUUACUUUUGAAUAAAUAUUUUAGGGAUAUAAGUUAUUAAGUAGUUAGAGCUGAAUAAUGUGCAGAUUUGAUACAAAAGGUAAGAACAAAAUUGAAAUGUAAAAAAAAAAACAGAAGCACAAGAAACAAACAUAUGGAGCACAAAUAUAUUAUCUUACGAGGUAAAGAAAAGCCUCUGUGGACACAUACAGACCCACCAAUAAAUGGGGCAGACAAUCACAAAAUAGGUAAGUAUUUAAGUAAAGUUUAUUUACAGAGUGCUUUUCACAGACACAAAGUGGUUUCCAACACAAAAAGUAAAAACUAGAAAAUGGGGAAAAGAAAAGCAGUAAGCUAAACCAAAAGAAAACAAGAGAAGCAUUCAUAGUAAAGCAGAUAGUAACUGAAAGACAAAUAAGUAAUACCUGGCCUUGAAGAAUACCAAGAAGGAGGAUGACAGAGGCGGAGGAAACCAGAAAGGAAUAAAAAGAGAAGCACAGCCAAACAAACCCAUUUAACACAAAAUAUAGAGUGAAAAAAUCCAGGACUAGGACAAUAUCUAAUACCCCAGAAUCCUAAUCAUUAAAAAUAAUGCAGUCUAAAUAGGUUUUACAUUAAACAACUAAUACUCCAUUAGCAAUUUCAAAGUCAAAUUAAACUUUAUUGUCAUCUCUGCUAUAUACAGUACAGUAUAUAGAGAGACCAGACGACGAGGCUCCAGUUCCAUUCAGUGCAAAAGACAAUAAAUAUAAUAAGAGAAAUAAAUAUACAGUUCAAGACUAAGGUAAUAGGAUCAAUAACAAUUUACAAUUUGAAUGAUUUUAAGUGACCAGUGUAGCAGCUUGUAAACAUGAGCAGGAUAGGCAACUGAUGGGUCUGACUUGGCUCAGUUCAGUUUUGUGGGAUGCCAGCUGGUUGUGCGUUUGGAUCACUUAUGCAGGCCAAACUUACCAGAUUUAAUUGAUUGUUCAAUGUUCAAAGGAAGAUAUGUUUCAUACCAAGUAGCCAAAUAAAGUAGAAACUGCUCAUUACUAACGUUUUAAACUGUUAUUACCAAAUAGACAUGAAAUAAAACCACGCAAGUCCUUAUAGAAUAAUUAUUACCAAAACAUCACAACCUAACAACCUAAAAGUAUUAACUUUACUUACUUUCUUUAACUUUCUCUAAAGGGUUAUUAGGAAACUCAGCCGGUUUAAUUAGCUUGAACAUUAUAUAAAGUAGUUCUAUUUGGUCGUAUCCUUUUAUUUAUUUAUGUUUGCUAAAAGCGUGGACAGACCUUUUUGUGGUGUUUAUAUAUUCCCCCGUCCUGAAUCGGUUGCACAUAAACCUGCUGCCUUCCAGCUUGAGUUUAAGCUUGCAGCUUCUUCCGGUUUUUUUUUUUCCCCCCUCUCAUUGGAAUUUUCCUUUGGCGCAAUGCAUAAAGCUCAGGUGGUUUGCGCAUGAGUAACUUUGGGAGGAGGGUGGUCAAAGUUCCAGGUACAAAGUCAACAAACAGCCACAGUCUUAAGAUGAAGGAACCUACCACCACCUGCUCUUAUCACCAGCUCUAUCAAAAUGCGAAACAAUAUUCAAAAAAUGGGGAAUACUUCUGCAAAGAGCUCAUGUCCGUUUUCCAGCAAAGGGCAGAGUUGGAGCUUACUUACUCCAAAGGCCUACAAAAACUCGCGGGCAAACUCAUCAGGGCCUCCAAAGGAAUGUCAAACAAUUCCACCCACAGUGCCUGGUGUCAUGUGUCAGAUGAGAUGUACUCAAGAGCAGACGCCCACAGAUCAGUAGGAAAUGCAUUUCAGCAGGAAGCAAUUCUGGAAAUACGACAAGUCUUAGACGAGCAUAAUAAGAGGAAGAGGCCUCUUGACAGUGCCAUUGAAAGAACCGGAAAGCUUGUUACUGCUAACUGGAGUGAGCAACUGAAGAUCAAAAAGAAAUUAAUUGGACUAACAAGAGAACACGAGGAUCUGUUCAACUUUGUUGAAAACAACAAACACAUCUCCACUGAGAAAGAAAAACAGAAGAUGCUUAACAGGCUGACUAAGUCAGCAGAGAUGCAGGCGCGGGUGGAUGAGGAGUACUUUAAUAUCAACAUGGAGGGUCAUCAGAUGAGACUCAAGUGGGAAAACACAUUGAAAAACUGCUACCAGAUCAUACAGGAGCUGGAGAAGCAACGGAUUGAACUUCUAGGCAACAUCCUAAAAAGAUAUAACCUCCAAAUGUACAGCUUUGGACAGACCCUCAAACAUGGCCAAACACAGAUAGAACAGGCGGUCCAAAGGGUGGACACUGAUAAAGACAUACAAGCCCUGGUGGAAGAGAACAGAAACACCACUGAAGAUCACAACGUCGAGUUUUUGAUGGCUGAUUAUUUCGAGGAAGACAGCAAAUCAUUCAUGGACAAAGACAGAAGAAGAAAGGCAAUCAAGCUUAAACUUCAGCGCCUCGACGAGAAUAUUACGAAAACAAAGAAAGACUGUGAAGGAAUUGAAAAACUUAUGAAAACAUACUCUGAAAAUCCAUCUUUUUCCAACCAAAAGAAUCUUGAGGAAACCGAGCAGCAGCUUGAUGAGAAUACUCUAAAACUGGAUCUCCUGGAGGCUACUCAUUACAAACUCUCUACAUCGCUGUCUAAAUUAGAAGGGAAACCAAAGUCCCAUCACCGGUUCAGCAACAGUAUUCUGAAAUGGAAGGACAAGGACUGUGAACAUAGUCUAGUUCAGCUGGCUCGUCCAGUCAGACUCAGGAGGACACCCUUCAGAUCCCGGCAGUCACUGAGAGCUUCCAUCAUUUACAAAGGACCACCUCUGUUUGUGGCACAGCAGUCUGUGGAUCCUUCAAAAAAUGCCACUGACCAGGUCAGUUCUACAAGCCCAACACAGGAAAGUCAAACUGCAGAGAGUGGCAGCACUGUUAAUGGAGUCUUGGAGCCUCACACGGAAGAGGACAAAGGACAAGCAGAUAAAACAACCCCAGAGUUGUGCAGUAUAGGAAAAUGCAAGGCCAUUUACAACUUCACCCCUGAGCACGACGAUGAACUGGCUCUGAACGAAGGAGAUUUACUAGACAUUUAUUCCAAGGAAGAAAACGGCUGGUGGUUUGGCAUGUUGAACGGGCAGAUGGGCCAUUUCCCAUCAACCUAUGUUGAAGAGCUACCUCGGUUAAGCAGCAUUAAAUCAUCUGAUGCCUGACCGACCCUGAAUCAAAUUCUAACCACAGCGAUGCCAAACAUUCAUUAGAAACUUAGUCUGAAAGGAACAAUAUCUGUGUAUGCACCGAUUUUAAUUUGGUUAAUUAUUCAACAUUUGUCACAUUCAGUUCUUGUAUAUUUAUGAA